GGCACUCGGGGCAAUGUGGACGAGUGGUUGAUGUGUCAAGUUGACAUGCUGAACUGUCACGGUUCGACUCCCGGAGGGGGUGUUGACAAAACCGACGCGAGGUCGAAACUGCAGUCCACUGGUGCCUGGAUGAGAACGACUUUUGGGAAAGCAAGGCGCAGGCUCAGUUCGUUUGAGAAGGCGGGUCGAAGGGAUUCGUGGGUUGGCCUGACCGGAUACCGCAGGAGGGUUAUCUUGGACUUUUGUCCGUUGAACUGUGCACAGAAGACCUCGGCCCAUCGUCAUACGACCCCAAUGACCGCGUGCGGAACUUUCUUCCGUUUUGUGACGGAUUAUUCAUAA